AUGGCUGUGAUCCACUGGCUGCUGGUUCUGGUCCUGGUUCUGCUCUCUCGGGGCUCCACGAGCAGUCCUGGACAGAUGGAAGUUGGCUGCAAGAUAAAGUAUCAAAAAGGAGAUGACGUUUGCUGUGAUGAAUGCCAUCCUGGGAACCUGCUGGUUCACCGUUGUGGUCCUCGCCCUAAAGACCUCUGCAAACCUUGUGAUCCGGGGACUUUUAUACUGGACCCCAGGGGGGACCGUUGCACGAGGUGCACGCAGUGUGUCGGCGCUCAGUACCAUUUGAAAAACUGCACGGCCAGGAGUGACACGCAGUGCGGCUGCAGAGACGGACUCAUCUGUGGGAAUAAACCGUGCUCUUACUGUGUGGAGAAAUGUGCCAAAGGCCACGAGCGUGCAGAUGACGAUUCUUGCAGACCUUGUCCAGAGGGAACCUUCAACGAUGAGAGUUUUGAAAAGUGUAAACCGUGGAGCACCAGGUGCCCCGGUCUGGAUCAAGUGAUUGCGGUCCAAGGAAAUGCAUCUUCUGAUAUUCAGUGUGUGACCCUCAGCACUGUGAGCAAACCCAACUCACCUGGAACGCACGGUGUAGGUCAGGGGACGCCGACGACGGCAUAUGAAGUCGCCAUCGCAGUUUUGUUGGCGCUUUUCAUUAUCGCCAUCAUCAUCAUCAUCCUCGCAGCUGUGAAAAUCCACCAGAACAGAAAGAAGCCGCAAAAGCAGCCAACAGAAACUCUCGUCAUCAGAACUCCUACAGAUGGACCCAGAACGUUGAUACCCAUCGAGUGCAGCUUUCAUGAGGCCCAGCAGGAACAAGGCAACAGCACAGAAUCCCUGAUCAAGGAGCCCUCAGAGGAGCCCAGUGCAUGA